AUGCAAUUGGCAGAGAUUCUGCUGGCUAUUUUCUUAAUCUUAGUGUUCAUCAUUUCUUUGUUGGCAAAUUUGUUAGUGGUGAUAUGUUUCCUGUACAGUUCAGAGAUAAGAAAGCAGGUAUCCGGGAUAUUUCUAGUAAAUUUAUCGCUCUGCAACCUGCUGCUGACAAUCUUAAACAUGCCCUCCACUUUUUUGGCUAUCUUGAAAAACCAGCAGCCCUUUGGCGACUGCAUCUGCAAAGCUGUGGGAUUCUUGGAAACUUUUUUGACUUCUAAUGCCAUGUUAAGUAUGGCAGCACUAAGUAUAGAUAAAUGGAUUGCUGUGGUUUUUCCACUGAGUUACACCAGUAAAAUGAGGUACAAAGAUGCUGUGAUUAUGAUGGGAUAUUCCUGGCUUCAGUCCCUCACAUUCCCUUUGGUAUCACUAUUCUUAUCAUGGUUGGACUACAGUACAAUAUAUGCUUCGUGCACUCUACAUAUUCAAGAAGGGGCUGAAAUACAGAGGUUCGCUGUAUUUACCAUCAUUUUCCAUGCUGCCAGUUUCAUGCUUUCUCUGGUUAUAUUGUGCUUCACUUAUUUAAAGGUACUUAAAGUGGCACGUUUCCAUUGCAGAAGGAUAGAUAUCAUAACAAUGCAAACUCUUGUUUUGCUAGUAGACAUCCAUCCAAGUGUGAAACAACGAUGCCUCAGUGAACAGAAAAGAAGAAGACAGAGAGCUACAAAGAAAAUUAGUAUUUUUAUAGGAUCCUUUGUGCUGUGUUUUGCUCCUUAUGUCAUAACAAGGUUGGUAGAACUCCUUCCAUUUGUAAAAAUAAAUAACUAUUGGGGUAUAGCAAGCAAGUGCCUAGCUUACAGUAAAGCUGCAUCAGACCCUUUUGUAUAUUCUCUUCUUCGUCAACAGUACAAGAAAGUUAUUCUAAAUAUUGUCAACAGAAUACUGAAACGGGAACUGUAUCCUUCAUCAGGCUAUAACAGCAGUCUUGACACAGAGAAUGAGUAUUGUCUGCACCGAGGAACUUAA